GGUAACGAUUUGGUCGUGUUUUGUGCUCGUUUUGGUGACUCCGUGAAGGGCGGACUGGCGCGUACUGUGAAACCUACUCGUAUAGAGAAUAACACCGGUGUGCAAACAGUUGUCUCAGCUACUAAACAAGACGAUGCCAUCAAUUGCGUUAUACGGCAGGUCAAGAAGCCGGAAGGUCGUCCAGAGCUAUUUGAUCUCAGUGGAUCCUACUACAUCCUUUUUGCCAGAGGCCCUUAUGUGGAAACAAAUGACACAGCUGAAUUACAAAAUCACACCCCUCAAGGGCGUUACGUUGGUGAUAAAGUAUCGCUCGAGGAUGUCAGCGUUGGAGGCGCCAACGCGACCGAAUCAGAUGGAACGGAAGGAACGUCAAAAUCA